UCAUAAUUGAAAACUCAAAACCUAAUGUCACUCGGUCCAAUAGGGGAAUGAAAAUACAUAACAUUAAUUCAAAGAAUCACUAAAACCCUAAACCCUCAUAUACCUGAAGGGAGAAAGAUACAGACCACGCAUUCAUGGCGAGCGCAAACGAUUCCGGCGUGGAAGCAUUCCGGCGCCUGAAAGAACUAGAACCACCUUCAUUGCUUGUACCGAAUCCAACGGUAUCGGAAACUGCUCGUGCUGCAUCGAAAUACCUAUUCUCCUCCCUCAGACCAUUCUCCCCAAAAUCGCCACUGGACCAACUCCUCGUUGACGGCUACGAUGCUGAGCAGAUUUGGCAUCAAAUUGAUCUCCAAUCACAGCCACUGAUGUCCACUCUUCGCCGCCGGUUGAAUCAGCUGGUCAAAAACGCUGAGGAAAUUGUGCCGCUGAAGGUUCCUUCGGAUGUUGCUAACAAGGCGGAGCCAAAGGAGCAGGACCAGUGGGAAGAAGAAAGUGACGGUCUUGAUGAGGAAUUGGAUGAAGCUGACGAAGACAAGGAUGAUUUUGAAGGAUUAGAAGACGAGGAUGAUGAAGAGGAGAAAGGUGAAGGUGGUGGCAUUGAAGAUAAAUUUUUGAAAAUAGAUGAAUUGAAUGAUUAUUUACAGAAACAGGAAGAUAAUUAUGAGAAGGGUGAGGAGGGAGAUCAAGACAGUGAAGAUGAUGAUUACCUUGACAAGGCUGGGGAGUUUGAGAUGGAUGAGGAUGAGGAUGAUGAAGAAGAUGAAGAAGCGGAAGGCAUGGGAUAUGAAAGGUAUGAAGACUUCUUUGGAGGUAAAAAAGAAAAGGGCUCAAAAAGAAAAGAACAAUUGCUUGAGAAAACUAAAGAUUUUGAUGAUAAAGAUGACAUGGAAUCUGACAAACAGAAGAUAAGGACUGCUUCUACCCAUGAAAAGCAGCUGGAAAAAAUUCAAUCAAACAUAAAACUGAUGGAGAAAGCUAACAUAGAGCCAAAAACUUGGACUAUGAUGGGAGAGGUAACUGCUGCAAAGAGACCUUUGGAUAGUGCUUUGGAAGUUGAUAUUGACUUUCAGCAUAAUGUGAGACCUCCUCCUGUAAUCACUGAGGAGAUUAAUUCUUCAAUUGAGGAAAUGAUCAAGAAAAGGAUUAUUGAGGGGAGAUUUGAUGAUGUCCAAAGAGCUCCUAAAUUGCCAUCAAAAGCGCCCCGGGAAGUUAAAGAAUUGGAUGAUAAUAAAAGCAAGCAGGGUCUUGCAGAGAUUUAUGAGCAAGAAUAUGUUCAGAAGAUUGACCCCACUUCUGCUCCAUUGUCAGCCAAAGAUAAACUAAAAAAUGAGGCUAGCAUCCUGUUUAAGAAGAUCUGUUUGAAACUGGACGCCCUUUCUCAUUUCAACUUUGCUCCAAAACCGGUUAUAGAGGACAUGUGCUUUCAAACAAAUGUACCUGCUCUGGCAAUGGAAGAAAUUGCUCCUGUGGCUGUUUCAGAUGCUGCUAUGCUGGCUCCUGAGGAGGUUUUUGAUGGUAAGGGUGAUGUUAAAGAAGAAGCAGAACUUACACAGGCAGAAAGGAAAAGGAGGAGAGCUAAUAAGAAAAGAAAAUUUAAAGCUGAGGCAGUAAAAAGGUCGGAAAAGAAGGCAAAGUCAGAAAAGAAGCCAGACAAUGCAAUUUCUGAACAAGUUGAUGGUUAAGACCCAUGCCAUAUUUCACUGAAGUAGCUAUGGAAGCUGGAUAGUUAACAAUGUUAAGUUCACAGGUAUUCCGUGGCCUGAGAAAGUAAAAUAGAUAGGGUGGAUUUUUGGGAGUCAACCAUGACAAAUGAGUAGUUAGAAUGCUCUCUAUGUUGGCUGUUUCUGUUCCUAUAAUUUAUAGUUAGUAUCAAAGUGUUGUUAGGAAGUUCUCGGUUUAUUGAUUACUUACUGCCCAAACAUUACAAGUUUAUAGCAGCUACGGUAUUUACUCUGCAAGUUUUGUAUUCUUUAAUUUUAUUGACAGUUGAUUUGUAUUA